AUGGGCGGUGCGCGAGGAGCAGGGCGCACGCGCGACGGUCGGGGCCGGUGCCGACCAAUCCGCGCCCGUCUGCCGCGCAGCCGCCUUGCCGCCGCUCUCCGCCCUGAGCCGCCGACCCGAGUUUUACCCGCGGCUGCUGACGGACGCUUUACUCCUGCAUGCCUGGAUGACCGUGACAGUGCCCAGCUCUUUCCCAUUGGAUCAUUCAGUAACUAUGGAUUGAACUUGUACUUUGAGGUAGACACUGAGAUACAUGCCGAGGAUACAAUGUUGUCCUCACUGAAGUCCUCUGGCUGUAUCUCUGGAGGCAUCCGUGAGAACACAGUCACCAUUCCUGCUGCUAGCUCUUCUUCUGUGGAUGACUGGUCAAGCACAGAUUCCUCACAUGGAGACGAGAAUGCCUAUCUCUGGUGCACAUCACUAUAUUUGGCUGCCUCUGCCAGUGCUGAAUUCUUUGCUGACAUUGCCCUGGCUCCUAUGGAAGCUGCUAAGGUUAGAAUUCAAACCCAACCAGGCUAUGCCAAGACCUUGAGGGAUGCAGCUCCCAAAAUGUAUAAGGAAGAAGGCUUAAAAGCAUUCUACAAGGGGGUUGCUCCUCUCUGGAUGAGACAGAUACCAUACACCAUGAUGAAAUUUGCCUGCUUUGAACGUACUGUUGAAGCAUUAUAUAAGUUUGUGGUUCCCAAGCCUGGAAGUGAAUGUUCAAAGGCAGAGCAACUGGUUGUAACAUUUGUAGCAGGUUAUAUAGCUGGAAUCUUCUGUGCAAUUGUUUCUCAUCCUGCUGAUUCUGUGGUAUCUGUGUUGAAUAAAGAGAAAGGUAGCAGUGCUUCUCAAGUCCUUCAGAGACUCGGAUUUAAACGUGUAUGGAAGGGACUUGCCCAUAUCAUCAUGAUUGGCACUCUGACUGCCCUACAGUGGUUCAUCUAUGACUCUGUGAAGGUCUACUUCAGGCUCCCUCGCCCACCUCCACCUGAAAUGCCAGAGUCUCUGAAGAAGAAGCUUGGGUUAACUCAGUAGAUUGAUCAAAGCAAAUGUGGACUGAAAUUGCUUGUUGAUCACUGUUGAGAAAAGUGCAAGAGGAACUUUUAUAUAUUUGACAGUGUAGGAAAUUGUCUAUUCCUGGUAUAAUUACCGUAGUAUUCUUGCCUAAGGCAAGAGUUUCAAACCCACUGGUGAAAUAAACCCAACUAUUAAUGAAAAAAAA